UUCGACCCACCUCUACGGCAGGGCCAGACGCCAGUACCGAGCGAAUCGUGGGCCGAGACGGAUGUGCGUCCCACGGGGAGCCUUCAACCAUUGUCUUCACCGAUUUCAUUCCUGAAAGGCGAAACCAUAAAAGCCAUGAAGCGGAAGCUGAGAAGCAUUCUCUGCUUCAUGGCUAUUCGCAGGAGGAACGUUUUGCUCGUUACAGUACCCCCGUUCCGGAGGAUCGUGCAAAGGGAAAAGACGAAUGAGUUGCUAGUGAAGUGGAAUGGCCAUCUACGGAAAGUUGUGGACACUGCUCAGAGCCGUGGUCGCCGGCAAACUGUUUUUUUGGUCGACUUUGGGAAGAUGGCCAGCAACUUUCCUGGCAACUAUUUUGAAAGGGACGGGCUGCAUCUUUCGGGGCGAGGGCUAAGAGUGUUGGGCAAUUGCCUGAAGAACACUUCAAGGGCCCUCACACGGUGGGAGGAAGAGGAGGACCAUCCACGCUCACAUUCUUGUGUCCGACACGCAGGGAAUGACUUGGGUGAGCUGGACAACCAGUUGGCCACCAGCGUGAUGGGCGUACCAGCUUUACCAACUGAAACCUGGGCUACAGCUGACGACUGGGAAUCGGACGACACGCUGCCGGACGUUGAAGCAGAACUACUAAGGAGGGGUGUCAUCUCCAAACCCUGUUUUUAGUCAUGUCGGAGGACUAGUGGUGCACAGUUUCAGAAAGAUGCCGAGUAUUUUUUUCCAAAUAAGGAAGAUGUUCGACCCUGUUACAACGCAGUGUUGUCGCGUGGACGAUGGCAGCUGUGUAGUGGCUGGACCGCCUACCCCUGGUACUCUGACUGAAGGAAGAGGUCAAUGCCAGCAGAGGGAGGGAUAUGUCUAUGCCUCCAAGCAGCAAGGGACCCUCUGACCAUGAACGAGGAAGACAGUGUGGGUUACGGCUUGAAAGAUGUUGGACGCUGGGAAUAAUUGCACGCAAUGACGUGAUUUGUUCCAUAAGUGCUGUGUUUUGCUAUUCGGCAAUAAAUCAGAGUAGAGAACAAA